GCUUCAAAGAUGUGUGUGUGUGUGUGUGUGUGAGUGAGAGUCAGGACGUAAAGCUUUUUAAAAACACGGACUCUAAACUUCGUAGCUGAAAGCAGCCCAGUUGUCGGUCCCUCGCUGUCCGUGUGUUUGCUGCUCGUGGCCGUGUGUGUGUGUUUUCCCGCUGGACUCGGUGUGUGUGUGUGUGUGUGUGUGUGUGUGUGUGUGUGUGUAAUGGAGGGCCCCGUGCGGAUUUCUCGGCACAGGAACGCUUUCUGCCGCUGAGGUUUGCUGAACAGAGACUGUACAUGCUGUUCAACACGGCCGCUGACAGAGAUCCAAGUGCACCAUGGACAGUGGCCUAAGGGUCCUCCUGUCUACCGUGCUGUGUCUCACUCAGUCUGUGCCCAUCAGUUGCUUUUCCCAUCAUCUCUCCUUCCAUUUCGAGCCUGUCUCCGUUGUCCAGAGUCAAGGUUCUGUUGCUCGUCUGCGCUGCUCAGCCAGCCCUCCAUCUGUGGUGGUUUCAUGGCGCUUCAAUGGCCAGCACCUGGACCAGGAUGUGUUGCCUGAUGUGGCGCAACACAAAGACUCCCUCAUCAUUGCUUCUCUUCAGCCAAGCCAUUUAGGCAUUUAUCAGUGUGUGGCGCAGUUAGACGGCGGGCCAGCUAUAGCCAGCCGUCAUGCACGUGUGGCCAUAGCAGAAAUUUCAGAAUAUGCUGUUGGUCAGCGGCGCUCUUUAUCAGUACAGGAAGGCAGCACUGUUCAUAUAGAUUGUCCUCUACCACACAGUGUUCCUCCAGCCCUCCCAAGACUCAGAGUACGAGGAGAGUGGAUAGACAUGUCAACAGGUGAUUAUUUAAUUCUUCCAUCUGGAAGUCUCCAGAUUACCUCUGUCUCAGAUCGGCAUCAGGGCAUGUAUAAAUGUGGCGCCUACAACCCUGUUACUGGGGAAACUAGGGUGCAGCGUCAUGGUACUAAGGUCUCCGUCAAACAUUCAGACAACUCAUCUCCUGUUCACGUUAUUUACCCCGCCACUGCCAUGACCGUGUCAGCGCAGCAGCAACAGCCACUGACACUGGAGUGUGUCCUGAGUGGCAGCCCUGCACCCACGGCCAGAUGGUUUAAGAAUGGCAAAGAGGUCACACUGGGGCAAUCUCACCAUCAGCAACACAACAACCUGGGUUUUGUUUCAAUGGAAAGCAGUGAUGAAGGGAACUAUAGCUGUGUCGCUGAAACUGAGAAGGGAACUUUGAUCAGCUCCAACUAUACUGUGAAUGUCCUUGAGCCUGUGUCUGUCUUGAGGGGUCUGACCAACCAGCAGGUGUCUCCUGGCUCCUCGGCUUCUUUUACCUGCACAGCAAAAGGAAGCCCCGCCCCUAACAUCACCUGGCUGUUCAACGCUGAUCCCAUCAAACUGUCACAUCACUUUCACAUCUCUGGAGACUCGCUUGUUAUAGUAAAUGUGAUGCCACAGGAUGAAGGUGUGUACCAGUGUCUGCUGGACAAUGGGAUCAGUUCGGCACAGUCGCAUUCUCUUCUUACGACACAGUCAGACUCACAGAAGAGUACAACCAGCAGCAAGAUGGUCGAGCCAUCACCGUCGCUUCAUCCCAUGCAGAGUGAUGAGGGCCAUGAACAUUUCCCGACGGAAGACGAAGGUCCGUUGGACACUCUCAACUUCCCAGCUGAUAGAAGUGGUGACCGUGCCACCCCAGAGGCGCCAAUCAUCAUCAGUCCCCCUCAGACUCACAAACCUGAUGUGUAUGACCUGGAGUGGAGGGCGGGGCGAGAUGGAGGCAAUCCAGUUAAUGCCUAUUUUGUCAAAUAUCGAAAGGUGGAUGAAAUGGGAACAGUAGUGGGGAGCUGGCAGACGGUGCGUGUACCUGGCAGUGAGAAGACUCUGCGGCUGUCCGAGCUGGAGCCCUCCAGUCUGUACGAGGUGCUAAUGGUGGCUCGAAGUUCAGCGGGAGAAGGCCAGCCAGCCAUGCUCACCUUCCGCACCGGAAAGGAAAAGAGCACCUCCUCCAGCAAGAAUCCGUCCAAGGCUCCUGUCAUCUCCAUGCCGCCAAAGGUUCCGCAGGACAAAACUCCCAACACACACUUUGGGGUGGUCUUGCAUGACAGAGUGCCCGAGGCUCCUGAUCGUCCCACCAUCUCCAUGGCAACCGAAAGUUCGGUUUAUGUCACCUGGAUUCCGAGAGCCAAUGGAGGCUCGCCAAUUACAGCUUUCCGUGUUGAAUACCGGCGUGGCCACAGUACAGAUUGGGUUAUUGCUGCAGAUAACAUCUCACCUCUCAAGCUCUCUGUGGAAGUUCGUAAUCUGGAACCUGGUUCUACCUACAAGUUUCGUGUUGUGGCCAUGAACAUGUACGGCGAGAGUCCUCACAGCAGUCCUUCUAAGAUGUACCAGGUGCCGCAAGCCAGCCCUCGUAUGGCAACCCGUCCUGUGGUGGGGCCGCACAUCUCCUCCACAGACGCCAUCAGUGAGACACAGAUCAUGCUGCGCUGGACUUAUAGUCCCUCGAGUAACAACAACACACCAAUCCAAGGCUUCUACAUUUACUACCGUCCCACAGACAGCGACAAUGAUAGCGACUACAAAAGAGACGUGGUUGAAGGUGUAAAACAGUGGCACAUGAUUGGUCACCUCCAGCCCGAGACUUCUUAUGACAUCAAAAUGCAGUGCUUCAACGAUGGGGGAGAGAGUGAAUACAGCAACGUCAUGAUCUGUGAGACCAAAGCACGUCAGUCCCCCGGGGUCCCCAGCCAGCACCCCAUCACCCCGCCGGGCCCCCAACCCCAGGAGCCACUCAGCCCUCCUGGAGGACUGCUGUACUUGAUUGUGGGUUGCGUUUUAGGAGUGAUGGUGCUCAUCCUGCUGGCAUUUAUUGCCAUGUGUCUGUGGAGGAAUCGCCAACAGAACAACAUGCAGAAGUACGAUCCUCCUGGCUACCUGUACCAGCCACCAGAGAUGAAUGGCCAUGUUCUUGAGUACACCACACUGUCUGGCACCAGCCACAUUAAUGGGGGCGUCCACGGGAGCUAUGGACACAGUAGUCCUAUAUCUCCCCAAGGGUGCCAUCACCUGCACCACAAAGUCCCCAAUGGCUUGGCACUGCUCAAUGGGUCCGGCAGUCUGCUGUCACCUGGCCACACACACAGCCUUGAUGGCACGCUAUCCCACAGCACCCGGGACUGUGAGCACUCACAUCCUCACCACCACCAUAACGGUGGAGGCAUGUACACAGCUGUGCCCCAAACAGAAUCUUCUGAUUGUAUGAGCUGUCAAAACCUUUGCAACAACAACAGAUGUUUCAACAAGACCAAUGGCACUUUUUCCAGUGGUACUCUGCCCCUAAUGCAUCGCAUGGCUGCGUGCCAGCAGGAUGGGCUGGAGAUGAUGCCACUGGGCCAGGUUUCUCCACAGUGCCACGGCUCUAUCAGAAGGACGCACUCUGGUGAGCCUGAGGCUGAGGCAGGAAACCAGCAGCUGUUUGAGCACAAGGAGUCCUUACUCUCCCAGCAUUCCUGCUGUCUGCUCGGAAACAGUGAAACCUGCCCAGCAGACGAUACUGCUGAGGACGAGCCGGACUGCGUGGACGUGGAGGAGCCCGUGGUGUGCUGGGAGAGUCUCGGCCUGCCGGACUUGGACUGUGAUGAAAAGCACGGGUGGAUUUCCAGCAACAGCCUGGUAGGAGAGCUGAUACAACCCGGCCCACAGGAGGUCUGAACGAACCCACUCCCCUGGUGUGGGGAGGGGGACUGAACCAGAGGACGAGCUCCGUCAGAGACACUUCACGGUGACAAGGACUCAAAACUGUGGAUGGACGGAGCCAAGUGAGCUGGAUAAUAAAGAGUGACGACGAGAGACUAAACGUAAAACCAGAUGGAGGGAAGCGGAAAGAGAAACGGAAGCGUAGCUCCAACAUGGAAUCUAGAUCCCAGUGGAGGGCAGACUCUUUAAAGAUCACAAACUCUUUAGAUGACUUAUUUAUUUUUUGUAGUAGUAUAAUAUUAUUUCAUAUGAAUGUAUCUGUUUAAAAGAAAAAAGUUUGUCUUUUAUAUUAUUUAUGCCUUUUGGAUGCGAAAUACUUUUUAUUUUUUUGGUGUUUUGUCCUCCGGUGUUCCACUUGGUGUGGAGGUUAGCAACUGUUGGUGUAAAGUUUUGUAAUAAUAUAAAGAGAAGAUAUGGAAGAGUAAAUAACAGGUUAUUUUCCAAGUC